AUGUAUAUAUGUACCGGAUUUAUUUUGUCAAAAACGGAAAUUAUCACGAAUGCCCAUUGUGUGGCUGGCGCUCCAUAUGCAUAUGUGGUAGCUGGUACGAAAGUUGCAUCAGACAAAAAUCAAAAAAUCAAAAUAAAAGUCGAAAAAGAGAACUUGGAAUAUCAUCCUCAUUAUAUUCAUUCAAUUUUUGGUGCAUUUGAUAUUGCCAAAGUUACACUGAAAACGCCGUUAGAAUUCAGCGAUACCGUUGGCAGUAUUGAACUCGUGGGCAAGGAUUACAAAUUGAAUAACUCAUCAGAAGUGGUCACUGUCUAUGGGUAUGGCGUGUUGAAUCGACCAAAGAUAUUGAGGCGUUGCGAUGCGAACUAUAUAUCUGACGUCGAACGAGCCAUCACAUUUAACCCAGUUGAGACUUUGUACUUUACCACUGGCGAAGCUACGAACGAUGGCGAAAUUAUUACACCUGGCGAUUCGGGUGGACCGGUCGUUUCAAAAACAAUUGGCAAAAUCGUGGGCAUAACUAUGGCUAGAAAUGGAACAACAGGUGGCCGCGGAAUGUUCCUCCCAAUUACGUCAUUCCUUGAUUUUAUCCAUGAUCCAAAGAGCGUGAAACCACUUCCACCUUCGCUUACACCUAACGAAGCUAAAUUUAUGGCCGAUAUAGCGGCACCGGGAAAAUUUCUUUCCGCCACCAAAGAAGAUUUUGCCGAUGCUGAAGAAGAUGCUCAACUAAAAUUUAAUGCAAUCAUUUUGUCGGAAACGGAGAUUUUGACGUGUGCACAUAAUGUGCACGGCGCCCCAUAUGUCUAUGUAAUAGUAAAUAAACUAUCAAGCAAUCCGACAAAAAUCAAAAUCACCGAAGACCAAAUAGAAAUUCAUGAGAAAUACGCAUUUCCUGGAUUGGAAUUUGACAUCGCUAAGAUUACACUUAAAGAACCGUUGGAGUUCAACGAUAACGUCGGCAGCAUCGAUUUGGUUGACGAAGAUUACAAAAUGAAUGACCCGUCCGAAAUGGUCUCUGUCUAUGGUGAUAUGAUAUUAGAUGGAGCAGCGCGAACGAGACGUUGUGAUAUAAAGUAUUUGAAUGGCGCCAUUUGCAAAUCGAUAUUGGGCGACUCAUUUGAUGCAAAUCAUUUAAUGUGUUUUAAUUCUGUUGAAAGUAUGGGAUAUCUCUGUGCGUUUGGAGGACCAAUGAUUUCGAAAAACAAUAACAAACUCGUGGGCAUGACCAUAAUUCGUUUUCCUGAUGAACCGGUUAUUUUUCAACCGAUUGCACCAUUGCUUGAUUGGAUUCGGAAGCCAAAGGUGGGACGUCAUCAAAGAAAAAAAACGGCUUAAAAAAAUGGGUUCCAGGCGCCUGAAAAAGCUGAAUACCGUCUCUUUUUU